GCGCUCCCUCAGUCUCCGCCGCUCUGCGAGGGAGCGCAGCCACCCCAGGCCGCCGCCGCCGCCGCCACCGCCACCGCCGCCAUUUCCAGCCGCUUCCAGCCAUGGCAGAAACUGCAGGAAGAGGAUAUUAACAAAUGGGAAUGUCCUUCAUGAUGUCGAGAAAGGAGUCUUGUGAGAAUCAGAUAGUGUGAGGGGCAGUUUAUGCUACCCUGGGGAAAGGAUUAAAUUAAAAUGUUAUAAAUUAAACCAACCGACCUUCAAACAAUACCUGAUGCUGAUUGCCUCUCCUCCCCCCAAUAUCCAUUUCUGGAAACUUGGUGCCAUAGAAGCACAUGUUACUUACAGGACCUCAUGCUCCGUUGUGAACUCCUGUGAUGCUCUUCUGACUCCCUGAGGUGCCCUAGUUUUUAAUUGAAAACUCUAUCCCCGUACUAAUAACUUAGUGACUACGUGAAUUUUAGAGCAUUGUGGGAAACAAUGGGAAUUGGCAAGAACACUACGUCUAAGUCAGUUGAAACUGGAAGUCCAACAGAGGGCAAAUAUGAGGAUGAAUCCAAGCAUCCUGCUUUCUUCACACUACCAGUUGUAAUGAAUGGUGGAGCUACAUCAAGUGGCGAUCAAGAUACGGAAGAUACAGAGCUUAUGGCAAUCUAUACAACUGAAAAUGGAAUUGCUGAAAAGAGUUCACUGGCGGAGACACUAGAUAGCAGCGGAAGCUUGGACGCCCAAAGAACGGACAUGAUAUACACAAUUGAAGAUGUUCCUCCCUGGUACCUCUGCAUAUUCUUGGGGUUACAGCAUUACCUGACGUGUUUCAGUGGCACUAUAGCAGUGCCCUUCCUGCUAGCAGAUGCCAUGUGUGUUGGAUUUGACCAGUGGGCUACUAGCCAGCUGAUUGGGACCAUAUUCUUCUGUGUUGGAAUCACAACUUUGCUGCAAACAACGUUUGGGUGCAGGUUACCUUUGUUCCAAGCCAGCGCUUUUGCAUUCUUGGCUCCUGCCAGAGCUAUUCUCUCUUUGGACAAAUGGAGAUGCAACAACACAGCUGUAAUGCUUACCAAUGGAACAACAGAACUGCUGCAUACGGAACAUAUCUGGUACCCUAGGAUACGAGAGAUCCAAGGUGCUAUUAUUAUGUCAUCUUUGAUAGAAGUGGUGAUUGGGUUCCUGGGCCUGCCAGGAGCGCUCCUGAGAUACAUUGGACCUCUGACGAUUACACCAACUGUGGCUCUCAUUGGGCUUUCUGGCUUCCAAGCUGCUGGAGAAAGAGCAGGCAAACACUGGGGCAUAGCCAUGCUGACUAUUUUCCUAGUGCUAUUGUUUUCUCAGUAUGCCCGAAAUGUCAAGUUCCCAUUACCCAUCUAUAAAUCAAAAAAAGGAUGGACUGCAUACCGGUUACAGCUUUUUAAGAUGUUUCCUAUCAUUCUAGCCAUUCUGGUAUCCUGGUUGCUGUGCUUCAUCUUCACUGUGACAGAUGUGUUUCCACCUGAUAGUACAAAGUACGGAUUCUAUGCACGCACUGAUGCCAGGCAAGGAGUGCUUCUGGUAGCUCCAUGGUUCAAGGUUCCUUAUCCAUUUCAGUGGGGAUUACCUACAAUAUCAGCUGCAGGUGUGAUAGGAAUGCUCAGUGCUGUGGUUGCUAGCAUCAUUGAAUCAAUUGGCGAUUAUUAUGCCUGUGCGAGGUUAUCUUGUGCUCCGCCACCACCAAUCCAUGCAAUAAACAGGGGCAUUUUCAUAGAAGGCCUUUCCUGUGUAUUAGAUGGAGUGUUUGGCACCGGGAAUGGAUCUACUUCCUCUAGCCCCAACAUCGGAGUCUUGGGGAUUACGAAGGUUGGAAGUCGGCGAGUGAUUCAGUACGGAGCAGCGUUCAUGUUGUUGCUAGGAAUGGUGGGCAAGUUCAGCGCCCUCUUUGCAUCCCUCCCUGACCCAGUGCUUGGCGCUCUCUUCUGCACUCUCUUUGGGAUGAUUACUGCAGUCGGACUGUCUAACCUGCAGUUCAUAGAUUUAAACUCUUCUCGGAACCUUUUUGUGCUUGGAUUUUCUAUCUUCUUUGGACUGGUCCUUCCAAGUUACCUCCGACAAAAUCCACUUGUCACAGGAAUAGCCAGCAUUGAUCAAGUGUUAAAUGUUCUUCUCACUACAGCCAUGUUCGUUGGGGGUUGUGUAGCAUUUAUUUUAGACAACACUAUUCCAGGAAGCCCCGAAGAAAGAGGAAUCCAGAAAUGGAAGAAAGGAGUGUGCAAAGGCAGCAAAUCCAUUGAUGGCAUGGAAACUUAUGACUUGCCUUUUGGCAUGGAGUUUGUGAGGAAGUACAAAUGCUUCCGCUUUUUACCCAUCAGCCCCACCUUCAUGGGCUACACAUGGAAAGGCUUCAGGCAAAACAGUGGCUGCCAGAGCACAGAGGAGGAGGACUCGGAGGCCACUGUAUAGCCCCUGCUGCUGCAGCCCCUGUCGACCAGCUGCAGUGACAGACACCUCUGCAGUUCUUUGCUGACCUUGUUUUGUUUUACGUUUUUUGUAUUUCUGCAUUUUGAAUUCUGGAACCAGAGCCGAAACAGAUUAUAAAAUAUAGCUUUCCUAUUGUGGACAGUGAUAGCUAUCUAUAACGUCUCUCUAUAAUUACAUUGUGCUUUUUGUUUUGUUUUUAAGAAGUACUGUUAGACUUGCUUUUGCUGAUUUUGGCGGGGCAACUACUGUUCAACGUUUAAUCCAGAUCCAAAAUUGGUAAAUAUUGUAAACACAGCGCUUAAGCAGGCUGUGUCUUUCCCAUUUUAUAGCUGAUACAUUCCAUUUUUUUAUUUAACUCUCAUAAGCCCCCAGUCAUUUGUUGGCAUUAUUCUGGCAAAUUAUACCAAAGUGUUCCGUACUAGACAGUGCUUUCAAAGCUCCCCAGCAUUGUGUAUUGGAUGUGCCGACAAGCGGUGCCUUUGCACAAGCUUCUGUUCCUAAGAAAGUGACAUGGCUCUGGGGUGCUUAACGAGUCCUAGCUGAGCACCUUUUGUGGACAGGGUUGACUGGGGCUUUGCCUCUGGCUGUCGUCAAAUUGCACAUCCCUGAACCUGACAGAUUGCCUAAGCAGCUCACUGUCUUGCAUCCCUUCAGGCCAGUCUUUUAAAAGUGAUAUUUAUUAAGCAGCCAAAUUGACUACUUCUCAAUGGAGAAGGGAACUAUCUGGUUGUCUCUGGAUUCGUACUGACCUGCUUCAUGCAGUUCUGCCUGUCCCAGAAACAUCCUUCAGUUAAUGUUGCCUUUGUGUUUUCCUCCCUUUCCGAGCUUAACAUGGGACCUGCUUUUAAAAGAAGAGAGACCAUGUGUGCAUCACUGUCCACUGGGUGGUUUAACGGGUAUCGGGGGCCCACUGUGGGUGCCAUUCAGACUCUUGAUUUUUUUUCUUCUACUAGUCUUGGCUCUGACAUUACAUAGCUGUUAAUGCUCAUCAUGCAUUUAUAAUUGUAAAAGAAUUAUUCCUGUGUAAUGUUCUUACUGUUGCAGAUUAGUUUUUAGACAUCAGCAUUUUGUUCCUUUCUUAUUGUCGUCCCCCUACCCCCCCCCCCGAUGUGGCCCAAAAGGCAUUUUUGAAGCUGUGGAAAGAUUUGUUAGAGAGGCAUUAGGGUAAGUCUUCUCUCAAAGCCUGUACUCUCAAAGUCGGUGUGAUCUAAGGUGCUCCUGUUUUGUAUCUCUCUUUUCUUUUUUCAGUUCCCAAAGCAGGUACUGUACAUUUGUUGUCAGUUUCUCAAGCAUGAGAGGCGUAAAGCCACUCUUGUUGAUUACUGAGGCUAUUAGGGUUUGGGAAAGGUGUAAGGAGCGUUGAUGUAUCAGUAUUGAAUGGUGGGGAAGGGAAGGCAGUCAGCAGAUUGUGGGUGUUUCCCACCAUUUCAGUGACAUUUUCAUUGUAUAGCUUUUCACAUCAGGGUUAUUUCCCCUCUCUGAUCUUUCCUCAGAGACCUUGCAGCAGUUUGCUGUCUUGGAUUCAAACCAGGUAUCAUGAAAACCAGCCCCCCAAAGUAGCUGCUUCAGAAACUAAGGCCACAAUCCUGUGCAUACUCACCUAGGAUUAAGCUCCAUUGGGCGCAGUGGGACUUACUUCUGAGUAAAAGCACAGGGGCAGCAUGUUUGCUUUCCACCUUUAUUUUAUGAGCAACCAAAGAAAAGGUGGGUGGAAAGGAACCGCCCCCUAUAGGUGGCUUAUAAUAAUGCAAAAUGCCAAAGCCAAGAUUUUCCGCACACAUUAGAGCAGCCUUCGCCAACUUGGCGCCCUCCAGAUAUUUUGUGCUACAAUCCCCUUCCGCCCCAGCCAGCCUGGCCAUAUGGGAAUUGUAGUCCAAAGUCUAGAGGACACCAGGUUGUUGAAGGCUGCAUUAGAGAGGCAAAUGUUGUGUAUUCAUAACAUUGUCAGAAUUUAGUAUAUCCUUGUUUUGGUAAUUUUUGUUUUCUAAGGUGCCAGUUGUUUGUUUAUAGCAGAACUGAACAUGUCACUGAACGUGAUGCACUACUGUAAUAACACUCUUCCACAGCUUCCCCUUUUGCUUCAGUAAAAGAGUAGAUCUCCAAUAGAUUGGGCCCAGCGCAAUAAAUAAGAAAGAUGGGCUGUUACAUGUGCCCUGCUACCAGCUGUGUGGCUACAGCUAUCUUGAGUAGCUUUCAUAUUCUGCUAACAACUGCGGCAAGGUAAGCACCCAACUUCUUCAGUAGCCGCUUGACACAUGCAGCUAAGAGCUAGUCCAUAUAUCACACAGAAGGAAAAGAGGUGUUAAAGUGAUCCAUCCUUCUUGUCUCACUUCUGAGGUGCAAAUGACGUGAGUUUUUAAAAUGGAGUUCUACAGCCCUCCUGGGAUAUAGAGCUAUGGACUGAAAUGUUUCCAGAGUCUUGCAGUGUUUACAAGUGCAGUCCGCUUUACUCUGCUCCCCCAUAUAUAUAUAUAUAUAUAUAUAUAUUCUGAGAGAGACGAGGCAGGUUCACUUUGAAAGGCAAAGUGGUUAAAGCGAAGGCCGUGGCGGGUUUCUCUUGCAGAAGCAACCACAAGAGGGCAUUGCAAUUGCUGCUGCUUUUAGAAAAGAUUUUUGACAGCCUGGAUGCAGAGCAUCCAGAAGGUCAGGUGCUUUUGCAGUUGUGGCAAGAAUACUUUGUUGUCCUGAGAAGAAAGCAUGCUUUUAACUUUGGAGAGAGAGUCCAAGAUAGGAAAGUGUAGUGAGAUAGCAGGUCUUGGGUAUCAUUAAGAGCAGGAGAUGGGAGUCAAGCACCCUUAAAGCAAAAGAGCCCAGCAGUGUUCUUUCACAGCUCCCAUUAAUUUCAGUGAUGUUGGACACAUGAAUGGCAGAUGGCACCUUGUGUUAAUUAGUGGGAAGAACCAUAAUCUGUGCCUUGUCCAACUCGGGGAUCAAAAUGGCUUAGGGCUGUAUUCCUAAGAGAGAAUUCAGAAAACUCAUUUUUCUGGAUAACCUCCAAGGCCUGUGAAUUUCAAUUAAGGGAAGGUAUCUGAUGUACCUCUUCUUAACUUUUCAAAGUGGUGUAUGAACUUCAGCUACCAGACAUUGGGCUCCAACCGUAUAUAUGCUGCGUUUGGAGUAGAUCCCAGUAUUGUGUGAGAGCAAAGAACGGUUAGCUCCUUACAUGUAUCCUAGCUGGAAGGAAGUCAGAACAAGGUUGUGAUGCUUUGAAUUGUGUGUUUAUUGUAGCCUCCUGUCUUUCUGCUAUUAAACAAUUCUGCCCAGACAGAUCACCUUACGAGAGAGGUUGGGGGAAAUCACUGACAAAUUUCAGUUAAAAGAAAUAAAUAUUCAUGACUAAACCAUCACUGUCAUGUCAAAGAUCUAGAAACGUAUAUUGAAAGCAAAACAAUUUCUGAGCUUUUGUAUUUAAAAUAAAAACCUAUGUUAAUUUUUUUAAAUUAA